AUGUACUCCUUCGCUCACCUCGCCGGGCUGACUGCUGGGCUGACAGCUGUGCUGGGCACGGCCCACGCCUAUCCCCAAGCCAACGCCGUCGAUCCAUCGCCUGUCACCAUCAACCCGACCGUGCUCGACCUAACUGAAACCGGCUCUGGCUGCCCCAUUGGCAACGGCGGCAUGGUGCACCAGAUGAAGGACGGCACGCCCGUCUUUGCAUUUGUGGGCUGGAACCUGACCCUCAACGGCUCGGCCAUUCCCAUUGACGCCCCGGAAGGCAGUCCAGGCAACAACACCGGCGGUCACGAUGCGCAGGACAACCGCGUCGUGCGCGGCUCCGUGGCCAAGUUCUGCAAAGAGUCGAUUUCCCUCGGCAACGCCCCUGUCGGCUACCAGGUACACAUUCGCGAGGUCUCCAUUUCGGGCGUCGCCGAGCUGGACCCGACGUCGUUUAUCGGCAUCCGCGUUAACACGCGAUUCGACCACAUCGAAGCGGGACGCGCUCGAGCGACUGUCAACGCUUCGGCGCUCAACAAAGGCUCAUUCUCCGUCACACUGAACCCGAGCCCCGUCACCUGGUCGCCGUGCGUCAACGACACUGGCCUCCUGCCGGUCAUUUCCGUGCGCACCUCGGUGUCGCUCAAUGGAACGGCCGUCGAGGCCACCGGCACGUACUCGAGCGGCAAGCUGGGCGGUGCAGCAGGUAUCAACAUGACUGCUGGUGGCAUGGACAACGCCCUGAACCUGCAUUUUGUGCCGGAGUGGCGGCCGUGCCCAGCGGAGUCGCUUGCGCCGUCAGCACCCACAGAGACGGGCACAGUAGCCCCUGCACCCCCUGUCGAGUCCACCCCAGCCGCGCCAGCACCGACAACAUCGACAGUCCCUGUACCCGAUCCGCCCAUCAAGGACCCGCCCGCACCGAGUCCGCCUAUGAAUAUGGGCGGUAUGUAG